AGGAGCCAAAGGGAAAGGCUGGGCACCUGUGGCUCAGCUGGAGCCAGGAAGGGAGGGGUGUCCAGGCCAGCGCCUAGUCCCUCCCUGCCUGCCUUCCCUUGGCCCUCGGCCUCCUCCUGCCAUGGAGCCCCCCUGGAGCCGGGCUUUCCAAGGCCUGUCUGGCUUCGUGGGCCAGCUGAGGAGCCCCAAAGGGAGCCAGGGGCCUCGGGCAGCCGCCGAGGAGGAGGAGGAGGCCCACGCCGAGACCCUGCUACCAGAUGAAAAAGAAUUUCAGCACGCUGCUAAAACUAAUAAUCUGGAUACUAUGGAGAGACUAUUUAAGAAAAAAGUUAAUAUUAAUGCUGUAAAUGUUCUAAAGCGCACAGCUCUCCACUUUGCUGUUGCAGGAAAUCAUAUAUCUGCAGUGGACUUUCUUCUCCAUCACAAAGCUAGAGUUGAUAUUGCUGAUAAGCAUGGACUUACUCCAGUUCAUCUUGCUGCAUGGUCUGGGAAUCUGGACAUAAUGCUGAUAUUAAUUAAAGCAGGUGCUGAUCAAAAAGCUAAGAACCAGGAAAGAAGAAAUGCCCUCCAUCUUGCAGCUCAGAAUAAUAGUGUUAGAAUAGUGGACUAUUUCAUCCAGGAUCUUCACUUGCUUGAUCUUAACACACGUGAUGAGAAAGGUAGAAAGCCAUUCCUUCUGGCAGCUGAAAAGGGCCAUGCAGAAAUGGUAAAUGAGCUGAUUUCUCUUAACUUAUCCACGUCAGAAAAGGACAAUGAUGGAAAUACUGCCUUGCAUCUGGCUGCAAAAAAUGGCCAUCAUGAGGUGGUAGAAGUUCUCCUUCCUCAAUGGGAAGAAAUAAAUGAGUUCAAUGAGGAUGGUGAAACACCUUUUUAUCUAGCUGUGGCAGGGGGCCAUGAAAAAUGUGCUGAUCUCUUACUGGAAGCAGGAAGUGAUAUCAAUAUCUUAAACAAACACAAUACAAAUGUAUUACAUAUUGCAACUCAGAAUGGACAUACACCUUUGGUCACUUAUCUUAUAAGUAAAAAUAUAAAUUUGGAGACUCAGCCUCAGCAAAAGAAUUCUCCUCUCCAUUUGGCCAUCAUAAAAAACAACUUACCCGUGGUAAAUAGUUUAAUAGAUGCCUGUCAUGACAUCAACUCUGUCGAUCAGAGACAUCAAACACCAUUACAUUUGGCAGCAGACCUCGGAAAUGUGGAAGUAAUUGAAAUGCUGCUUAGGGCAGGUUGUGACCUCAACAUUGUGGACAAGCAAGGAAAGACUGCUUUAGCUGUAGCUUCCAGGAGCAACCACGCCUUGAUUGUUGAUAUGAUUAUAAAAGCGGAGAGGUAUCACACCUGGAAACAGGAGAAUUGCCACAGUGACGGUAAUCUGCCAAAUAAUAUUUUAUCUUUUAAACAAGAUCACAGUUUGCAGACCAAACAGAUCCGCUCCUCCCUUUGGAAUCUUGCAUAUAAUCAGUUAAAAAUGCGUGAAUGGACAAAAUUGGCACAGUUCUGGAAGUUUACAGAUGCACAGAUCAAAGCUAUUGAAGAACAGUGGACAGGGAAAAAGAGCUACAAGGAACAUGGGCACAGAAUGCUUCUAAUCUGGUUACAUGGUGUCCUAAUGGCUGGCCAGAAUCCAAUUAAAUAUUUAUAUGAAGAUCUCGUGAGAGCUGGAUUCCAACAACUAGCUGAGAAGAUGAGAUCAGAGAGUAAUGCUGGCACAGAAUUGAGAAAAUGUACUGUUUCAUGAACUCAUUCACCAAAGGCGGACUGGAACUACUUUUUAGGAUAACAUACAAAAAUAGAAUUUUGCUUAUUUACAGUAAGUUGUUCCUUCUAAAAUGGCUCAUUUGCUACCCCUGCAUUUCUUACAAUGAGCUCAAAUGUGCAUAUGUGUAUUUCUCCUGAUUCCAUCUCCACUUUUUAACGGCCAGAGCACAAGCCACAUUUCCCCCCUGUAACGACUUAUUGCUAGGAAACAUAGAAGGUAGUAAAAAGAGAGGAAGACCACAUGCCAGAUGGAUAGAGUCAAUCAAGGAGGUAAUGGGCCUGAAUUUACAGAACCUAAGUAGUGGAAGACAGGGGAUCUUGGAGAUGUCUCACCAUGAGUUGGAGUCAACUGGAGGGCAGUUAACAACAACAUUAAAUUCAGAUUUUGUUUAUUAUUUAAUGACAAUGUAAAAGUGAUAUUGCUUUAAUGUAAUUCCUUGAAGCAAGGCCUUUUCUCUCUCGCAAUUAUUUUUUUUAAAAUUACCUCCGAUUAAAAAGUUGUCUUCCUUUCA